CAACCAGCUACUGGCGCCUUGACCUUAACCUUUGCUCAAGACGAAAAGGAGCCAUGCAGGACAUCCAGGUCAAGGUGCUUCAACAGGAGUUGGCAGAUCAAUCCGAACGCCACGGCAAGGAGCUGAAGAGGCUCAAUGAUGAGGUGAGGCUUUUACAAGAGAGGCUCAAAGCAGUCCUCGAUCGACGCUCAAAGCAAGCUGUGCAGCCACCAAGUAUCGAUUCCACCUUUGUCAGGCGAGUAGAGUGGCGACUGCCCAACUGCAAACAAGAUGUCAGGACAGUUGAGCGAGGUCAGAGUAUGUGGUCGGGUCCUUUCUCAGCGAGUGGCAUCGCUGAGAUGCAGCUGGAGUUCUUUCCACAAGGACGUGAGAACUCCCAGUCCGGCUUUUGUGCCUUGUUCCUUUGGGCCCCUGGCAAUGUGCGCUUGAAGUACAGAUUGCAGGUGGGGAAUCACUCCACCUGGGAUGAGGAUUUCUUCGACCGAUGGAUGGGACAUGGCCAUUCCAACUUCUGCAACCUCGAGGCCCAGAUUGAGAAGGAUUCACUGGUCAUUCGUGUGGAGAUCCUUGAGGUCACUGUGACGGAGGACUUAGGCGAUGGAUUGAGGCUGAUCAAUCAAGGCAUUUCUCAACCUCUGAAGUUGGAGGCUGCGGUAAUCAGGAACCGCGACCUCGACACCGUGGAAUGGACUGUCCGCAACAUCCGGCAGCGAAUGCGAGAUGUGUCACGAGGGCAGUAUGUUUGCAGCCCAUCCUUCUCUAUCGCAGCCGUGCGAAAUAUGCACAUCGAGUUCUAUCCCAACGGCCUGGAGGGCAGCAAAAAUGGCUACUGUGGUCUCUAUGUGAGGAGCCCGGGUGGCAAAUACACUUUGAAUCUCACACUGUCCGUGGGCUCCGCCACAAGAGGCCCAAGUCGGACCGAGCUUGACGGAAAUUCGGCGAAGGGAUUGCCAGAGUUCUGUCGCAUCAAUGAGCAAUUAGAGGAGGAGGACCUUGUGAUUGGCAUCAAGGUGCAGAAUCCUCUGGACCGUGACGAUGAAGAGAGGAGCCUCGCAUUGUAGGGGGAAAAAAGGUGCACUGUGUGCAUUCUUCGGCAUUUGGGGGUACUGUAGUCGC